AUGACGGACACGAACGCAUCUACUAGACUUCACAUCUCUCCAUUCACACCGGAUAUUCUCCCGUCGGUGCUGCCACCAUCACUGCGAAGCUCGGCCUCCGAUAUUUCAUUCCACACCAUUCCCACCUUCCCCGAGAACAACUACGGAUACGUCACAUUGCCUGCCAUGGAAGCAGAGAAAAUAAAGAAGAAGUUGAAUGGCUCGAUCCUCAAAGGCAAGAAGUUCAAAGUCGAAACAGCCCGCCCGCAAAAACGACAGCCAAAGGAAGAAGAUGUGCCUGAGACUACCCGCGAUACACACAAACCGUCCAAGAAGCGCAAGGCCCAAGAUGAGGUAUUGGAUGGCUAUGAGAUGCCGUCGGACCGGAAAGUGAAGAGAGGCUGGACCGAGUCGACCACUGCCAAGAAAGACAGACGGAAAUCUGAAAAGAAGACGGAGCAGGACAAGAAGGCAAAGGCUCCACCCAAAUCCAAGUACACCGAGAAGGCCGAGUGUCUGUUCCGCACGACCGUUCCACCCAACCGCUCCUCAGAAGGAGUAGCCGACGAGAAGAAAGCCAAAAAAAAGAAGUCCGCGCAGGAAUCAGUCGUCCAUGAGUUUUCAAAGACUGUGACUCACCCAAGCUUUCUUCGCUCUGCGGAGGAGAGUGCACCACCAACGGCAACGUUUGAGGAUGGAAAAGGCUGGGUGGACGUUGAGGGCCAGAUGAAAGAGGCUAGCAGCGAGAAAGCCCGAAAGGAUGAUUUCCGACCCGGCAAAGUCGCAGGGGCUAAAGAGAAGCGACAAGUCCGCAAGGAAUCGGCACUCAAAGAGUCGAGCGGCGCAAAAGGCACCAAAAAAUCCUCAUCAAAAAGAGAAACCCCAGAAGAGUCAUCCGCCGAGUCAGAAGACUGGACCUCGUCCAGUGGCUCAUCGUCUGAAAGCUCUGACUCGGACUCUGACUCUGGGGGUGAGAGUGAAGGUAUUUCCAGUUCAUCGGAUGACUCGUCUGCAUCUUCCGCCAAGGAGUUGAACCCUCAGGCACCUUUUAAAGAAACGAAGCCGGAAGACGCAGUCCCAGAGAGUGCGAGCCGACAAGCACAAGUUAUAGACAGUGAGCCCGUUCAGGAUGCGAAGGAUUCUUCUGCCCAAGAAGUUCAUCCGUUAGAGGCGCUCUUCAAGCGAUCUGCCCCGGCGGAGUCAAAAAGCCAUUCUGCAUCAGAAAAUGCUGGAUUUAGCUUUUUUGGCAACGAAGACCUUGAGUCAGAGGACGAGCCCCAGACGCCAUUCACUACGAAGGAUUUGCAGAACCGGGGCUUGCGGAGCGCGGCACCCACGCCGGACACGGCAAUGGUGAAUCGACGCAUGAAAUGGACAGAGGAAGAAGAAGAAUACGACGAUGAUGAAGAAUCAUCCAUUGAUACCCCGGUUUCCAAGCGUCGAGAGCCCGACAAUGCCCCGGAGGAAACCGAAUUUGCCAAAUGGUUCUGGGAACACCGGGGCGAGAAUAAUCGGGCGUGGAAGAAGCGGCGGCGCGAUGCAGCCAAGGAGCAGAGACAGCGUGAGAACCGAAAGAAGGGAUUGAAGGGCAAUACUAUCAUUCCCCUUGAACCCGCCGACCCCGAAGCCUCCUCUCCGCCGUUUGAUGAUGUCCUGCAGCGCGCCGAGCGUGGUUUCGGUAGUUCUGAGGGGGAAGAGACAUACAACCUGCACCGACGAGGAUCACAGUAUCAAGCUCGGAGCUGCAAUGACUGCACCCGCAAGUUUUGCCUAAACUAUGAUCUACCCAUGUGCAAACGCGCCAAGGAGGAUGAUGUGUUCACGUCUUGUUUUCAGCGAGAUUCUCGAAAAGAUGAGGUGGUAGUGUUUCUCUUUAUCUUUGCUACGGGUGGGCUUCUUGGCUGGGCUGUUUUCAAGCCCUGGGUGGAGAGGUAUAUGGAGGCUGCACGAGAGCGGAGGUCCUACAUGCCUGUUGCAGAGACAGGCUAA